AGCUUAUCCAGCCAGCAGGCGGCAAACCCAAAUCUUUGUCAUUCGAAUAAAGUUAUAUGGAUACAUUACUUUGAACUAAACAGAAGGCAUUCAGAAGGACCGAUCAUGUCCAAGCGCCAACGCGAUGGUCUCGAUGGCCAAGGAAAAAAAAUGGCCAAGAUUCGUUUCAAGAAGCUCGUCCGGGCCGUGAUCCUGAAUAUGCAAUGGCUGAAUGAGCUGCCCGAGGAGACGGGCAUUUCGCUGAAUGUGAAGAAGAACGUGGCCAUGUUGGUGCGGCAAAAGCGCAAAGUGGGCAUGAUGACCAUGGCCGAGAAAUCGCUGCUGCGCACUCCGCAUGCCACGCGUACCGUUGAUGAAAGAAAAAAGCUGUGCAACAUUGUGGCAAAUCUGGCUUGUUUUUCAAAAUUUCCUCCAAAAGUCCGUGCUCGUCUCGUUCCGAUUGUCAAAUUCAUGGCAAUAACACCCGGACGCAUUGUUAUGAAGGAGGGUGAUUUUCCCGUAACGAUUUAUUUUAUAAUCGCCGGUGAGGUGGAAAUGUCUAGGAACAUAUACAGUAAGGGCUGCAAUCGUCCUGAACUACAAUCGGAGGCUAUUUUUGGACCCGGGGAUUGCAUUGGGGAUAUUGAUGUGAUGGAAGAUGCACCCAGAACCAACACCUAUACCGCCACAACUAAUUGCGAAUUGCUGGCUAUGUUCAAUACGAACUAUAAAUCCGUUCUCCUACCUCAUAUGCAAAAGAUGUGGCAGGAAAAGAAGAAUGCUCUGCGGGCCCUUGACUAUUUUAACUUUUUCAACGAAGAGCAGAUCGUGAAUGCCAGUAAGUACGGUAGCAUUCAGCAGUUCGAGCCCUUGGAGACGAUCCACACCGAGGAUUUGGGCACCAUGAGCUAUGUCUAUUUUGUGCUCAGCGGGGAAUGUGUGAUCCUACAAUGCCUUCACAUGAAGGUCAGCAUGGUUAACCGGGAGAAGGUAUUCGAGCUGCCAAAGGUUCAUAAACGGGAAACCGAACCUGCCUUGGAAGAUGGCUCCAAGCCCAAUAACGAACCGUACUUUGAUGUUAACGAGUACAUGCAAUCCAGUUCAUCGCUGGAUGAGAACAAACAGAGCAAGAAAAGGAAGCUGCGCAAAAUGGGACUCCAGGAGAUACAACGGGCCUGCGACGAGAUGAAGAAACCGCUGGCCAGGAGAUCCACCAAGGAUCCAGGAGCACGACAACGGCUGCGAUCUCGACACCGUGUGCGGGACUCAGAACGUAACAUGAAGCCAGAGCAUUACGAGUAUUACAUAAUGGGCGAGGAAGAUGAAUCAGGCCACAUAUCUGAGAAUCUUGUCGAGGAGCGGUAUAGUGAGAACUCUGGAAUGCAGACGCCAAUUUCAGCAUUCGUCAGCGAAAUUGACGAAAUCGAGAGCGAAUCGGAGGGUAGCGAAAUAUUCACUGCCUCCAGCAAUUCGAUUCAGGGAACUAUCGAAGAAACAAACGCCGGCCUGGAACGCUUUGAAACGCAUUUUAUUGACGUUGGCUCGCUGACAUUCGGAGGAAUCUUUGGGUUGGGCGAGAAAAUGGACCAUCGUGUGAUUAUGGCUAGGACCACGGUGCAGUGCAUCGUAAUACCACGCUUUUGGCUCUUUGAGGCCGCCCAAAAUCCUGGUAACGUUUGGCAGCGACAGCGCUUCUACAUCGAGUGCAAUAUUCCAACCAGAGAGGCUUUGUUCAAGGACUUUCUCAAGACACGAAAGUGGGAGCAGUUCAGACAUGACUAUAUCGAAAGCGUACUUAAUGGCGAAUCAUUGGCCAACUUUACAAAGGUUGAAGAUAUACCAAUAAUAAGUCGCAUUGUGGAGACAAAAACUGACGACAUUUGAGUUCGUCUUCAAUUUACUUGCCACUUGUAUAUAUUUAUAUAUUUCCAACUUUCCAGCAUUAUUAAAUCAUUAGUACUGUAUUCAAAA